AUGCCGAGGCGCCAGACGUACACGGUCUGCAGCGGCUGCAGCAACUGGGUGUAUGAUUGGAAGCUGCAGCGCACGGGAGGCUGGUGCAACAAGUGCAACGACUACCUCAGCGGAUGGAGUGAGCAGCCGCCGUCUGCGGGCCGCAGCCAGCGAGGGGAUGGCAAACCCCCGUGGGCAAAGCAGCCAGUCACUUCGCCCGCGGACGAGCUGCAACACAUCAUCAACAAGUUCCAGCUGGGGAAGGGCGCCUACGCCACAGCCAAGGCCAUGGUCGACCUUGGCCCGCUGCAGGCGCUCCAGGCCCAGCUCACAGCCAAGGCGCCGACGCCCGCGGAGAUCCCGAAGGCAAAGGCGCUCAGGCAGGCGAUCAGCAACUUCGACCAGAAGAAGGCGGCGCUGGCGAAGGCGACGAGCCAACUCGCGGAGGCGGAGCGCUGUCUCGGCGUCGCCACGGAGAGGCACAACAAGGCGCUGGAGGAGGCAGCUGACGCGGAGGAGGAGCACGAGGCAGUCCUGCGGGCGUACUCCAGCGAGGCCAUCCCCUCACAGGACGAGGCUUCGGCUACGGAGUGGAAGGCGCCCGAGGUGGAUCCCACGCUCUUCGACAACCUGGACGACUUCGAGCCUGAGGAUAAGAAGAAGCUACUCAAGUUCAAGUCGGAUCUGUCGUCCCUCGCGAAGCUGCUGGAGAGCGCCCAGAAGCAGUACACGGAGUUCACGGAGCUUAAGAAGCAGGCGGACGCCAUCCACGCUUCCCACAAGGCGAAGAAGCGGAAGGCGAACACAGGCGAAGAGGCACCAGCAGCUGCACCUCCACCAGCAACUGACGACGACUCCAAGGCAACCGCUGGCUCUGAGGCGGACAAGCAGCCGUCAGAGGAGGAGGUGCAGCAGCGCAAGGACAGACUGGAGAGGAGCCUGCUCAAGCUGAAGGCGCUGCUGCUGCUGGUGGCCAUCGCCUUUAGCAAGGUGUUCUUCUCGAACAUCACGCAAUGGGGCCCCAAGGCCCACAAGUUCAUCAACGAGCAGGGCAACGACAUGGACAUAAUCAUGAUGUGCGAGACGCACUUGGCGCAGGAUCAGAUGAAGCAGGUGAAGGUGGACGUGGCGAAGGACGGCUGGAAGUCGGCGGGCACAGCGGCGGUGCCCACGAAGCGCUCGGCGAACGGGACCUCGGGUGGUGAGCUCAUCCUGGUCAAGUCUCACAUCGCCUGCUCCACCUACGACACCAUCAGAGAGAGGCUGCAGAAUGACGGGAAGAAGGACCCCUUCUACGGCUUCACGGCGGUGAAUCUCCACACCAAGGCGGGCAACGUGGUCUUGGUCACAACAUAUUGGUUACCAGGAGCUGGUCUGCACGGACCCAACCGAGAGAGGGUCAGAGCGCUGGCAGGAUUCGUGAAGGCGCUGGCGGACCCGUGGGUGGUCUUGGCGGACUGGAACGUCACCUUCGCGGACAUUGCCAAGACGGGCUACGUGCAGCAGAUCGGCGGGGCGCUGGUCAAGCCAGACGUGGAGGUCACCUGCGACAAGGGGAAGGGCAGCCUGAUCGACUACGGCAUCGCAAGGAAGGACUUCGCGCACAAGGUCAAGCUGGAGGCAGUCCGCACGGUGCCUUGGCGAACACACUGUGGACUGACGCUCACGCUGGAAGGCUCGGCGACGGCCUGGUGGCACCGCAAGAUGCAGAUACCGAAGGAGCAGGCCAUGAUCGAAGAAGCGGAGUCAGAGAAGAAGGUUAAGGACUUCUACAUCACAGAUGGGACUUGGACGGCGGCGGUGGCGAUGGCGAGCUUAUCAGGUUCGAGCUCGACACCCUCGGCGUCCCAGAUAAUUCUUUUCGGGGGCAGCCAGGGCCGCACCCCACCUCCAGCCUCCAGCGCGUGGCCGCUCCUUGCGAGCGUUGAGCCGCCUGAGGCUGUCGGCCCUCCAAGCAUGGAGGAUAAUGGGGUGCUGGCGUUCCCUGCUGCUUGGCCCGCCGCAUCUCAGAGGACCUCAUGCUGGCACCUGUCUAAGGAGCUCCAGUCAUGGGACGACAAGCUCAUCAUCCGAGACGUCAGGCACCGCGUGGCAGAGGCAGCAGCGACGAGGAUGUACGGCGACUGGGUCACCUGUCUGGAGGAGGCGGCGAUCCUCACGGAUGAGAUCGACGAGGAGGAGGCCGAGCACUACAGAGGACGGGCUUCGGGCUUCGAGGUCAAGUGGGUCAAGGCGCGUUCGACACCAGGUCGCACCCACAUGAAGUUCGGUCCAGCGGAGCAGUGGGGCAUCCUCAACGCCAUCCUCAUCAGGUACCAGGCGCUGUACACCAACGGCACCGACGGCAGGCAGCAGGCAAAGUGCUUGGUGGAGGCAAAGGCGCAGGGCAAGGUCCUCCAGCAGAUGGAUCAGAGCCAGGUCUUUGGCAGGAAGCACGGCGCUGCACAGCAGCAGAUGUUCUACGAUAUACUGGACGACCUGGCGGACUUGGAUGAGGGGCAGCUCGGCAACUUAGUCAUGCAGGCAGAGGGCCACCUCGCCACUGCGCAGGCGCGUGGCUUCACGGCGCAGCAGAAGAACUUCACGGCGUGGGCAAAGAAGGCAUGGGCAGGCAUGGUAGGCCUCCUCCAUCGGCACGUGAAGGAGCAGCAGGCGCCGAGGUUCGAGCUGUGCACGGAGGAGAUGGAGGGCAUCGCGGACCCAGACGCCCUCAUUGGCAUCAGGAAGCACGAGUGGGAGCGCAUAUGGACGGACCCAGUGGACACGAAGGAGGACAUCGCGUACCAGCUGGGCAG